UUUUAACACUUUAAAGUGUUUGUUUUAGCUGUGGCUCACCAUUUUUGCWGUUGUCAACUAUGCAGGGCUGAUGCCAGAGCUGUGGAGGUUUCAGUAAAGUUACCAUGACCAGGUCCAGUCUAACCCUUGGUACAGCACUGCCCAGUGGUAUUUCCAAGUGUUUAAUCAAGGUGGGGGCAAGGGGUGAAUUUUCUUUUAACAAACUCUAAGCAUACAAGGAAACUUGCAGCUUUGCUCUGUGAAUGAGUGACCUAGCACAUACUUUCUCUCUGUUCUAUGUACUUCUUGUUUUCCUUUCUGCUUCUCUCAGGAUCAGCCAGCUUUACUGGCCAAGUGGUCAGCUAUGCUUCGGAGGAAGCGCCCAUUCCACCCAUCCAUCCAGGUGUUAGCACCCAGCCAAUUCCUGAUCACAGUUCCUCUGCGUGGCCUGACGGGGUACAGGGAAUGCCAGGUACGCCACUGGCGCUAUUACACCGUGAAUGGCACCAAGCUCCUCUCCUCCGUGCGGGACCCCGAGGAAUUGCAUCAGUGGCUGGAGGUGGAGCAGUUCUCAAAAAGCCUYCAGCAGUGGCAUGAAAAGGAUGUGAACAUCGAAGGUGAUCUGGUUCCAGCCAAAGUCCUUAUCGUCUUCCGGGAGCUGGUGGAGAAGUCGAUUGUCUCCUGUAACCUCUCCAGUAAAGUGACAGUGCUGGAGAGCUUCAGCUCCGUGGUGCGGGUGGCUGUGGAGACAUCAGAAUCACAGGUUGAGGUGGAGCUGGUCCCUGCUGUGGAGAUUCCAACUUGCUGGCCUGAGAAAGCCCGCUGGCCUCGUUGCCUKAAGCGCUGGCCUUCUCAGGAAAAAGUGCAGUGCAUCAAGUCGCUGGGUUUYGACCUCCUGGCCCGCUCUAAUUAUCACUGGCAGCUCUGCUUCUCCCGUGCUGAGCACAUCCUCAUGGAGGGACUUGAUGAAGAUGGUGGCUGUCGCAUGAAGUGCUUCAGGGUCAUGAGGCAGAUGAAGGAGGAUGUCUGGUGUGCUGGCAAUAAGCCUGUCAUCACAGCUUAUCACCUUCAGACAGUGCUAUUCUGGACGUGUGAAAAAUACCCACGCACCAAGGAUUGGCGCUGCUUCCCUGAAGCCUUUCUGAGGCUGGUACAGAAGCUGCACAAGUGUGUCAGCCAGCACUUCCUCAAGCAUUACUUUCUCAAGAACACCAAUCUGCUCAAAUAUGCCAACACCAGUGACCUGGACCUGGUGGCCAGCAAGCUCGCAGUUUUCUUGGAGAACCCUGUUUUCUGCCUGGAUUAAGGCAGGCAAAGGUCUCACCCCAGCCUUGAGUCCACUCCCACCUCCUGUCCCCACCUCUGGCUGCUCUCUGUGUCCUUCCAGUAGAUGUUGCAGCUGUCUUUGUGAGACAGUUGGCACAUGCAGCAUGAAAGAGAAGUGUGGAGCUGGCAGCAGUGGGCGGUGAAAACUGAUGGGAGGUAUCACUUGAUGCCCAGCUGAUCUAAUUUGCUUUCAACAGUGACAGCUUGCCUGGAAGCUACAGCCAGUGAAACCCAACUUUGUGUGUCAGUCAGAGCAGGCAAUGCCUUGUUCUCUGUCUGUAGUCUUGUGGCACCUAAGCUGAAAGGCAGUGCAGAGGGGUCUCUGCUGCCUCUGUAACAGUAUUGUUGCUGCAAUCACUUUUCUCACAAGGACAGUGGAUUUAAUUGCCUGAUUUCCUCACAGGCCAGUCCUACAGAAGGGCAGAGGAACAUUUCUGAGGUGUUCUGAAGCUUGAAGCUUUCUCAGAUGAAUCUCCAAUUCAAUGAGAUGCUGCUCCAGCAGGAUCCAKUAGGAAUAUAACCAUGCUUCUAGUGUUGAAGAGCUCAGUGRAAGCAAGAAGAGGAACAGUGGGUUUUGCCUCCUAUUUGUUUUUCUCUCCUCCACUUAGGUUUUUCUUCCAAUAGCUUUAAAUGUUUUUUUCAUGCUCACUUUUGCCAGUUGUGUUAGUACCAUACCAUCAGGGGGUUUUGGCAGGGCAGAUUUCACUCCUGCCCCUGGCUCCAUCCAGCAGGCUGGAGGAGGAGCAGGUCUUCCCCCAGUUGUUAGCACCCACAUAUUUUUGGGUGAAUAUUUUUCAAAGGCUCUUAGCUCCAAGACCCGUGGUACUUUUAAUUUUGUGGAUGUUUAAAAAGGAAAUUAAUUUUAGUAUUAAAAAAAAAAACACAAAGCUUUAGAAUGAAUAUAAUGAAUGCUGAUUUUAAUAUUAUUAAAUCACAGAA